GAUAAGGAGCUUAGUCCCGCGGCGCUAUUGCCUUGGAAGGCGGCAACUCACCCGCUCCGCUACAACUGCCGGGACCAAACCACCGUCGCCGACGGACCACCACCACCACCAAUGUCGUCGACGUUGAAGAAGUACAGGAGUCCUGUUGUGGUGUCGCUUGGCUGCGGGUGCCGCGGCUCUAGAAGCAUCCUGUCGGGGAAGCAGAGGCCCACCUCCCUCAGGGAGUACCUCUCCGGCUCCCGCCGUUCCUUCGCGACGAAGGAGUCGACGUACGACGACCUCGGCCCUUCCAUUUCCUCCAGCGAGACCUUCGCCCUCGCCAAGAGCUUCUCCGACGAGUGCUCCGUGACCACCGACGCCGACGACGACAACGACAACGGUGAGCAGAACGUCCCCGGGGGAAGCUUCUCGGACCUCCUCCGCCAACUGGGCGAGCUCGAGCAGAGUCUUCAUUCCUGGCCUGUCAAGAAGAAGAACGCCCCUUCUCCCCCCGAGACGAUCCCUUCUUCCUCCCCUCCGCCCCCUAAUCGUCUGCCUUCGAAGCCGCAGCCGGGGGAGGUGAAGGGCCGGCCCGGCGGACACCGGCAGACGAAGAGCGCGAGGAGGGUAGGGGAGAGCGUGGCGGUGGUCAAGGCAUCCGAGGACCCUCUCUCCGAUUUUCGGUGGUCGAUGAUCCAGAUGAUCGUGGAGAAGGAGAUAGUGGCCGUCGACGACCUCCGAGACCUCCUCCACUGCUUCCUCUCCCUCAACUCUCCCCACCACCACGACGUCAUCCUCCGCGCCUUCCUAGACGUCUGGGACGACCUCUUCUCUUCGCCGGAUCACCACCGCCACCACCAGCAGGAGGGAGGCGCCACCAUCGGCUCCUCCAAUUGCCCCUUUGCCCAUCACUGCCUGUGAAAAGGACGCCAGCGUCGUGGGACAACAAGGACGACCAGGUUUGCUUCGCAUAGAAGCGUUUUCGUCAUUUUGGAGAUUGAUCGCUUGCUCUCUCGCUGCUUCUACUCUGUAUACAAUCACUCUGAUGACUGAUCUAAUUUUGCCUUUUCCCUUUC